AAAAUACACACACACACACACACACACACACACACACAGAACAGACGGGUCGUCCUCCAUCAUGGCGGCAGACCCCGGCGACGUUGAUGAUUAUUCUCUCUACAGUGACAUGAAUGAUGACCAACUGCUGCAGCUCGCCAUCGAGCGCAGUCUGAGUGACACACGUCAUAGCAACGGCAACACAACCAACAACAGUGUUGCAUCCAGUGUGUCUGUGUCCAGACUUAGCUCCCAUGAUCCUCCAGUCCAGACAAUGGUUUCCUACAGUUCUCCAAACCCUCCGAGUGCAAAACCACCAGAUGUGGAGACAUUUGAUGGGACAGUCAGCUGCUUCAUGACCGGCUCUGGGAAGAAAAUGAUGGCAUAUCGACGAGCAGAUGGAACUCUAGUUUACAUCACUCCAGCACCUGAAGAGGAGGAGGAGCCUCUGUUCAAAGCCAUCCGUGUUGGAGAUGUGAGCAGAGUGAAGUCACUACUAAUGAGUCCAGGAGCAAACCUGAUGCUGUCCAAUAAACCCGACUGGCUCGCCCUCCACCAGGCGGCGUGGUAUGGCCAACACAGCUGUCUGUCUGUCAUUCUGUCAGCUCAGCCGGGGAUGGUCAACAAGCAGACAGAAAAUGGCGAGUCAGCACUGCUGGUCGCUGUCAGCAAAGUGGAGCUACGAUGUGUUCAAGUGCUGCUGGAAAAUGGAGCUGAUCCUGACAUCGCCAACAAUGACAAAGAGACUCCACUGUUUAAAGCGUGUGAGAUGAACAGUGCUGCGGCCGUGGCCAUGUUGCUUAACCACGGCGCAGCAGUGAAUGCUCGUUGUAUUCUGGGAUGGACUGCACUGCAACAAGCAGUGGUUUCAAACAACGUUGAGAUCUGUGAGAUGCUUUUGAAAGCUGGAGCCAAACACAACAUCACCAACAUUUAUGGCAUCUCACCAAUAUUCACUGCAGCUCAAACCGGGCGGAUUGCCACUCUACGCUUCCUCCUGAAACACGGUGCAGACAUUAACAGUCAGGCUGCAGACGGAGCCACUGCUCUGUACGAAGCUGCUAAAAACGGACACCAAGAAAUUGUCGCGCUCCUCCUGUCACAAAACGCAGAUGCCAACAAACCUGGAAAGACCGGACUUUUACCUCUUCACAUCGCCGCCCAAACAGGAAGUGACACUAUUGUGUCCAUGUUAAUCCCAGUAACCAGUAAAGCCAGAGUCUGGCGGACUGGCAUCAGCCCGCUCCACAUGGCAGCUGAACGUAACCGUGACAACGUGUUGGAGGCUCUGAUUGAAGCUGGCUUUGACGUGAACACUCAGCUGUCUGAAGAACGAUCCAGGCUGUAUGAGGACCGGCGCAGCACAGCGCUCUAUUUUUCUGUCAUAAAUAACAACGUGGAUGCCGUGCGCAUGCUGCUGGAAGCUGGUGCCGACCCAAACCUAGACAUGUUCAAGCCACUGAUGUUGGCAGCGAGGCAGGGCUGCAUCCAGACUGUGACCCUGCUGGUGGAGCAUGGAGCCGACAUCAACGCCUGUAUCCCCACCCACCCUACCACCUUCCCGGCUGUCUUCAUGUUCUCCAUGAAGUACCUGCCCAUGUUCAAGUACCUGCUUGACCAUGGAGGCCACGCCCUCUCCUGCUUUGACUGUCUCUUUGGUAACCAACCUCAUCCACCAAUCAAACCCACCCGAUCAGAGAGGGAACACCCACUCUACAGAGAUACCCAGCUGAGGAGAGGUGUCCAGUUCUGUGAGAUGAUCUCAGCACCCAGCAUCUGUCGAUGGGCGGGGCCAAUCAUCGAUGUCCUAUUGGACUAUGUGGGUCAUGUGACACUGUGCUCCCGUCUGUUGGAACACCUGGACAGUUACUCUGAGUGGAGCUCUAUCAAAGAAAAGGCAGCUUCACCGCGCUCCCUCAUGCAGCUCUGCAGGCUCAACAUUCUGCAGUUGGUUGGACAAAAGCGUUUGAAGAAACUGCCAUUACCUGGAAGUUUGACCCGUUUCCUGCAACACAAGGAGGGAGUGAUAGAUGACGAGGAGUGACACAGAACCAACCCAGCGACUAGCAUUGUUUGUGUGGGAGGAGUCGUAUUUAAAUGGACUGGCUUUGUGAGAGGAUGAUGGGAACCAUGUCCUGCAUGAAGACAUGAACAUGAGGACAUGCUGUGAACAACAAAUAUGUCAAAUCAACCUUAACAGUGUAAUAUUUUAGUGGUAUUUUGAUUUUCUGAUCAUUUAUAACAUAAAGAAUUCAUUAAAUUUAUGUUAUUGAAAGCAAAUUAAACAUGUUAAAUACUUUAUAAAUAAGAUUAAAUAAAUACCUGUUUGGGAAGUUAAAGAUAUCUGAAAGUUUAUUUACACUUUGUUAAUGUGGAACUUUUAACCAACUGUAUUUUUGCGAAAAAUAAAACGAGUAUAUCACCUCAUCGGUAACACUUU